AUGGCGCCCACCGCGGUCGACGUAGCGGCCCAGACCCCUCCCCCCAGCGGCGUGGCCAGCAAGAGUGCCAGCAGCAAGCCAGUCGACCUCUCCAUCUUCCCGGACGGAUUCAAGACGUCGGGCCAGCACCCUCCGCUCUACGACCAACUGUAUCCGUACAGCGCGUUUCCCAAACACAUCACGGGCCCGACGGUGUGGUCGGCAGAAGAGUACGCAGCCCACCCAGAACAAUGGACGCAUGUGUUCUCGCCGGAGGAGAUUGCCGAGCUAUCGGCGGCGGCAGACCAGUUCAUCCAACAAGGGUUGCCGCUGACGGGGAUCAACCCUAGCAACUUCCCGCUGCCGGGGCUGGCGCCGUCGCUGCGAGCGAUGCGCAACGAAGUGAUCAACGGCAAAGGCUUCAUCCUGUACAAGGGCUUCCCCGUGGCCGAAUGGGGCAACGCGAAGAGCGCGGUGGCGUACAUGGGGCUGGGCACAUACAUCGGGUACCCGGUGAGCCAGAACGGCAAGGGCCACAUCCUGGGCCACGUGAAGGACCUGGGCGAGGACAGCACGCAGAUCGACAAGGUGCGCAUCUACCGCACCAACGCGCGCCAGUUCUUCCACGUCGACGACUCGGACGUGGUGGGCCUGCUGUGCAUCGCGCGCGCCGCCGAGGGCGGCGAGUCCGACGUCGCCUGCGUGCACCGCGUGUGGAACAUCCUGCAGGAGGAAUACCCGGACGUGGCCGAACUGUUGACCCAGCCGGUCUGGUACUUUGACCGCAAGGGCGAAGUCUCGGUGGGCGAGGAGCCGUACAUCCGCACCAGCGUCUUCUACCUGGAAACCCCGGACCCGGAGGACCCGAGCAGGGAGCAGCGCGUCUAUUGCAAAUGGGACCCGUACUUUGUCCGCUCACUCUCCCGCUUCUCCGACAAGGGCAUCAUCCCGCCCCUGUCGCCGGCCCAGGUCCACGCCCUGGAGACGCUCGAGGCCGUGGCCGACCGCGUCAAGCUGCACAUGGUCCUCGAGGUCGGCGACAUCCAGUUCGUCACAAACACCCAUAUCCUCCACGCCCGCACCGCCUACAAGGACUACGCCCCGCACACCGGCAUGCCGCGUCGCCAUCUGAUGCGCCUGUGGCUGAGUUGUCCUCUCAACGAGGGCGGCUGGAGACUGCCUUUCCACGAUGUAAAUGAGAGGAAGAGAGGCGGCAUCCAGGUCGACGACACCCCACCCGUCGCGAGGUUGGAUGCCGAUUGA